CUACGUGGGAUGCUCUGGGCCUUUCUUUGAGCUUCCCGGGGUGGGGGGAGUAGGUUGGGGCGAGAAUGGGCGGAUUUGGCGCUCACCCGGCCAGGCGCUGGGCCCAGACGAGCCCCGGGCACGCCCGGUGCGGCCCGCUGGGAUCUGAGCCCACAUCACCUUCUUGCCGGGGUACAGCCGGUCACUGUUCGUCACUUCCCGGCCCCAGCGGAGGCCCUGCUUCCGAAGAGAAGGGAGAUGGGCCCCAGACAGGAGGACCGAACUCGGGUAAUGGAGGGGAAAGUUCCAGUCGCAGCGCUGAGAAGCGAUCAGCUGAAGAAGAAGCUGCAGACCUCCCAACAAAGCCUACAAAGAUCUCCAAGUUUGGAUUUGCCAUAGGUAGUCAGACGACAAAGAAAGCUUCAGCCAUAUCCAUCAAACUUGGCUCAAGUCCUAAAGAAACAGUUCCAACUCUUGCUCCAAAAACCCUUUCAGUAGCAGCAGCUUUUAAUGAAGAUGAAGAUAGUGAACCAGAGGAAAUGCCUCCAGAAGCAAAGAUGAGGAUGAAGAAUAUUGGAAGGGAUACACCAACAUCAGCAGGACCAAAUUCCUUCAAUAAAGGAAAACAUGGGUUUUCUGAUAACCAGAAGCUAUGGGAACGAAAUAUAAAAUCUCAUCUUGGAAAUGUCCAUGACCAAGACAAUUAAAUGAUGUGUUUUGAAAUUGGGGUGUGGGGUGGGUGUAAAGUUAAAAGGAACAGUUUCCUUUUUUAAAGAAUGGUAUAAGACUAUCUUUGGAGCCGCCUUUUUUUUUUUUUUUUUAAGAUUGAAUGGUACACUAAUAAAUGAGAAUUUAAAAUUAGAGGUAAUUUAUGUUUUAUAUGCAGAUUUCAAGACAUUUACUAAUUUUGUAGUUUCAUGUGAUUAGUUUCCAAAGGUUACAGAUAAUAAAAAAUCAGAAAUGGUACCUUUCUAAGAAUUGCAUAUUUUUUUAGACACAACUAUUAGCACAUUAAGAGGGAAGCAAAAAGUUAUUGUCUAUUGAAACUAUAGUUAAUUAGUUUCUAACUUAACUCCCUUAUUAGCCUAAACUGUCUGGCUCCCAGGAACAGCCUUAUAAAGAAGGGAGUGUUAGAUUGGGAGGAAAAUGUUACUGGACUAUUGACUGAGAAAGUAAAUUAGUUAAAAUUAAAAUAUGGCUUUUUUUCCUAAUGGGCAUUUGUUUUGUUUCGAGUCAUCAUAAACUAGUUAUUGCAUUGCUAUCAGUGGAUACAGAUGCUUAGCUCUUUAAAAAGAAUAUUUUAAAAUUUUAUGUAAACUGUUGAGUAUUUAAGAUAGCCCACUUAAUUUUAAAGGGUCUUGUCUACCUUCAUUAGUUUUCAAAGAACAACCAUUUGCUACCAAAGUAAAUCAGUAUUUUGAAUGUGCUUCUCUUGGUUUUGUCAUUAGCUAGUUCCUGUAAGCAUUUCCAUCAGAUCUUGAGGCAAAUCAUAAGGAAGCUGUUUCUUUUAAAAUAGCAAACCACCACCAAAAAUUUAAAUGUACAUAGUUAAAUAUUUGGCUGUUCUUAUUUUUUAAAGGGUAUAAACACCAAAAAAAAAAAAAAAAGGGUAAGGUUGUAUGAAGAUGGAAAAUGAGAAAGACGCACUUUCUGUAACUCUAUCAAAGCAUUUAAGUUACUAACUUGUGAAAUCCAAUUUGAUUUGAACUUAUAGGAAUCCUUCUUUAGCACAAUAAUAUGGUUUAUUUUAACUGUAUACAUAUUAACCAGUGGCCUCUCAAAAGCACAUUUUAGAUACUGAAAAUAGAAGGAAAGAAAAUGCAUCUUUAAACAUAUUUUAUGGAAUCUUUGACCACAUAUACUUUGUCAAGCUAUGUGUUGUAGGAUUUGUGUUUACUUUGUAUUUUUGUAUUGUAUAUGAAUUCUUUUUUAAUGUGACAGUUAAACACAUCUUUAAAAGCAUAGUCACACAUAAAAGAAACAUUUAGUAUAAUGAUAUCCUUGAAAACUCCUACAGUGUUAAAUUUGGAGGCAGCUUCAGACUACUUGAUUGGUGGUAAUUACUCACUGAGCUCUUUUAAUAGGUAAUAGCUCUAGAGAAGCAGCCUGUAUAUAUCCCUAAUACUUUGUUCACUUGCAGUUGAGUAUAGAGUAAGCCCCAAGUAAAACAAUGGAAAUGUAUAUAGAACUAUUAGUUCUUACUUACAUGAUUUAACUAUAUCAAGAUAAAUGAAUUUAACUUGCUUUAAUGUAGGCAAACUUGCCGUAUUUGUUCAUUUUAAUGUUUAUGUUCAAAUAACAUCCCUCUCCUACAUUUUCUUUUCUUGACUCAAAUAUUAACCUAAGGUCAAGAUAGGAGAGAGAAACGACUGAGAUGAAUGUCUUUACUAAAAUACCAAUAAAUUUGUCAAACUCAA